UGUCCGGGGUCUCCGGGGACUGUUUACCUUCGAGGACGUGGCCAUCGAGUUCUCCCAGGAGGAGUGGGCCUGCCUGGACCCGCUCAGAGGGCCUUGUACUGGGAUGUGAUUCUGGAGACCUACAGGAACCUGCUCUCCCUGGGAAGCCAUUCUCCUGGACUUAGAAUCAAGGACUUAGCGCCAGGAGAGGACAUGAAUGAAGGAGACGUUCACCAUGUGGUGACACUGGAAAGAAACCAAAGUCGAGGCAUCAAGGAUGUUGACCUCAACAAAGUCUGUGAAAAUAAGUGUGAAUGUGCGUGUGAGCAGAGGUGUGACGCCGGAGAUGACAAAGUGCUUCUGCCGGAUAAUAGAACCCGCACUUACAGAGAAGCUCAAGAGAGUAAAUCCUUCGUUCAUUUUCCUCUGGAUGUUUCUGUAAGGAGUCGUCCAUAUGACUAUUUCCCACAGGACAAGCCAUUCAUAAGGACUUUGUUAGAAAUUAAAAAUAACAUAAGCAUUGCUGGAAACAAAGAUAGAGAGUGUCCGGAAGGUGGGACUGGAGUAAAGCUGCAGGCACCGGUGGCUCAACUGCAGAGAGUUCCCGGCGAGGAGAAGGUGCAUGCGUGCCGUCAAGUGGAGAGGUCCGUCAGCGGAGGUUCCUCAGGGUCGUCGCUUCAACGGAUUCCUCCUGCUGUUAUACACACUUUGUUACCUGCACCAUACAGGAGAGCACACACUAAAGAAAAAUCGUACACCUGUAAUGACUGUGGGAAGGCUUUUAGCAAAAGCUCAAACCUCAGGAAUCACAAGCGAAUUCAUUCUGGACAAAAACCUUACAAAUGCAAAGUGUGCGACAAAGCCUUUAAUCAGUGUUCCAACCUCACGACACACCAGAGAGUGCACACAGGAGAGAAGCCCUACAAAUGUAAUGUGUGCGGCAAGGUCUUCAGUCGAAAUUCACACCUUACAAAUCAUCAGCGAAUGCACACUGGCGAGAAACCUUACAAGUGUCACGAAUGUGGUAAGGCCUUUAUCCAUUCACUCCUCUGGAGUCAUGAGAAAAUGCAUACAGGGGAGAAGCCUUACAAGUGUAAUGAAUGCGGCAAAGCAUUUGCCGAGCGUUCAAGCCUUAACAAACAUGAGAAAAUCCACACUGGAGAGAAACCUUACAAAUGUGUCGUGUGUGGCAGAGCCUUUACCAUGCGGUCAAAUCUUACUCAGCAUGAGACUAUCCAUACUGGAGAGAAACCUUACAAAUGUAAUGAAUGUGGCAAAGCGUUCACCCAAUGUUCACGCCUUACUAGGCAUCAGAAAAUGCACACCGGGGAGAAACCACACAAAUGCAAAGUGUGUGGCAAGGCGUUUGUCGAGCAUUCACAACUUUGGGGCCAUGAGAGAAUUCAUACUGGGGAGAAACCACACAAAUGUAACGUGUGUGGCAAGGGAUUUACCCAGCGUUCAAGCCUGAUGGCACAUCAGAGAAUUCAUACAGGAGAAAAAUCCUAUAAGUGCAAAGACUGCGACAAGGCUUUUAUACAGCGCUCACAGCUGUGGGGUCAUGAGAGAACUCACACUGGAGUGAAACCGUACAAAUGUGAUGCGUGCGGCAAAGCUUUUACAAUGCGUUCAUACCUUCUUCAACAUGAAACGAUCCAUACCGGGGAGAAGCCUCACAAAUGUCAUGAGUGUGGCAAAGUUUAUACCCAAUUUGCAAGCCUCACGAGACAUCAGAAAAUACAUACGGAAAAGAAAAGUAAACCUAACCUGUGUGACAGUGCUUCUCUUUAAAGCUCAAGUUUUGGGGAUCAUCAGAGAAUUCAUAGGAGGGUAAAACUUUAAAAGGUCAUGAUUGACAGGCAACUUAUGCAAAUAUGCAAGCCUUUCUCAGGCCAAGAGACCCCAUCAUGGAGAAGGAAGGCGUACAGAUGGCCAACAGGCACAUGAAACGAUGCUUGGUGUUGCUAGUCAUCAGGGAAAUUCAGAUCAAAACCACAAGGCGCUACCACCUCACACCUAUCAAAACACCUGCUUUAAAGACAACAAGUAACAAGUGUUGGUGAGGAUGAGAGACAAUGGAACCCUGGUGCACUGUCGGGAUUAUAAAUUGGUGCAGCCACUUUGGACAACAAUAUGGUGGUUGUGCAAAAAAUUAAAAAUAGAACUACCAUAUGAUCCAGCACGUGCACAUCGGGAUAUCUACCUAGAGAAAACAAAUACUACUUCGAAAAAAUAUA